AUGGGUCUCUCUCUACUUCAAUCUGAACUGAUUUUCAGGAAAUUGAAAAAUAUCGAAUUGGAUGCGCAUAGCACCGAACCGGCUAUUGUGAUCAAAUAUGAACUGGAAGCUGCAGUACACGAUUCACAAAGCACGACACUUGCAUCGCAGUUAAAACAUUGCCAAAAAAUCGUUCAUCUGAAAGAUCUCAACGAAGGAGUGGAUACAUCAGCAUUGGCACGACAUAUUAUCAAGGUGUGUCCAAUAAUACCGGACUACAGAGUGGAAGAGCUCGAGCAAAUUCUAUAUUACUUGCAAAAACGUAACGUCGCUGGUGGUUCAUGUAUGUUUUUGUGA